UUUGCAGAACUUCAGAUUCGUACAUUGGAAAAUACUUUCGAAUAUUUAACUAGUUAUUUCUAACCCGCGUUUUUGAUAUUUUGCUAGAUGUGACAGACUUUGAAAUUGAAUUGUAAUACGAUACGUUUCGUUUCGCGUUCGUUGCAUUUCGAAAUUGUGCAUUAUACGUUGAUGUAACUGUCAGCUUCCGCUAGGUUAAAAUGCCCGUAGAAUGGACAGAGGCGCGAGUUUACAAACUAGUUUUAUCGUACAUUCGGCACGAAUGCCUGUGGAAACACGAUAGUGAUUCGUAUAAUGAUUUGGAGGCACGGUACACCGCAUACCUGGGGAUAAUUCGAGACCUGAACAUUCGCGAUCUGACCGUGAACGAGGUUCGCGAUAGAAUAAAGCAAAUAAAGCGGACCUAUCGCAUGGAAUUGGCAAAGAUCAACGAUGCUAACUUCCGGGGAUUCCCCUACAAGCCAAAAAUCACUUGGUUUGAAUUGAUCCACGAAUUUUUACGCGCUUAUAUCACAGAACAGGAUUCUAACGCCGAUAGCUCGCUACAUGUUGAGGCGAAUAAUGGUGAGCCAGAAGAAUUCAACCAUCACACCUCCCAGUCGUUGUUAUAUUCGCCACGUUGCUGUCCAAUAAACCAGUGUCCCAGCUGUGUUAGACAUUUUCCAACUCAACUCAAUCUCGACACAUCCCCAACAAAGUUGACGAAAAAUGCUGUACCUUUAAAACAGAAAAUUAAUCUUGCCUCGCAACAUGACUCUAUCAGGCAGCAAACACCUAGAGCUUUGCAAUCCAUUCCGAACAUCAGUUCAUUUUCAACCUCUGGCGAUUGUUCAAUAAUCAGAGCUUCGAACGCAGAAGUAAAGUCACAAGUCAUAACCAAUUCCAUCAAGAAACACAAGUCACAAAAAAAGUAUGGCGAUGAAUUUGAUGCUUUUGGCAAAAGUGUCGCAUGCCAAUUGCGUGAACUGUCAUUGCCACAUGCGCUUCGAACUCAAACAAACAUUCAGAGUCUGCUUGCUGAGGAGAGGAUAAAUUCUAACAAAGAGAAAGUGAUUAAUAAACAAAGUGCAGACGAAGUCUCUCAACAUCACAGGCACUACAGGGAUUCUCGGUGGACACAACCUUCGAGGAAUAGUCGUUCGUCAUUCAUCUGCAAUGCAAAUUUCCAAUGUCCAUCAGCUAGUGAUUUGAGCUCUUCUGGUCACCUGAGUAAUGGAAGACGCGCGAAACUUGUUGAAAGAAAUCAGAUAGUGAAUUGUCAUCCGGAUAAUUGUAUUGCCUCCAAAAUUUCAUAUAAAAAAGCUAGUCUAAAAACUUAGUAGGAAUUUAACAUCUGUAGCACAAUAAUAAAUUUCUUACAUAAGCAUUCACAUCGUCAAAACAAGGCAAAGUGACGCGUUUAAAGUCUACGAAAAGUUUCUAUUCCAAGGAAAUCUGAAGUUAGUGUGUUAAAAUGUUUGAUGAUUCAUUCACGUUUGCUAAACGUAUUUUUUAUAGUAUGGUUACUUCUAAUUUUGGUGUUCCUAAGUACAUAUUUUCCAUCUUAGUAGCAGUCUGAUAAAAAAUAAUUUUGUAUGUAAUGUAUUUUUUACAUGAAGUUAUGGAUAUCUUUUUGUAAAACGAUUAUGUCAACAUACAUCAAUUUCUUUUAUAACAUAAUAAUAAUAAUCAC